AUGGUCAUCAAUGAUUGGCCUGUGCCAUUGGUAUCUGUACUGGUUUUGGGUAAUUGGGAAUGGAAAGCUGUGCAGUCAGUAAUUAUAGGAUAUUUAUACUCUUUUUCAAUUUCAGCUGGUGUGGAGGCUGCCACCCCAAAAUUGAACACCUUUGUUCAUUAUGCAAAGGUUGAGUUAGUCCCCCCCACCCCUGGUGAGCUUGGAGGAGUUGCUACUGGUCUUGGCAAUAUCUUAAAAAGUGUACAGACUGGUGCUUGGAAAAACUUGACUGUUAAGCAAGCGACUCUGAACACACUUGUAGCAGCUGAGGUUUUGUGUUGGUUCUUCAUUGGAGAGUGUCUUGGUAAAGGGACAAUUGUUGCUUACCAGGUUUAAGGUCUGGAUUUUCAUCAGAUUUUAAAUAUAUAUACAUGAUGAAUGUUAACUCUUGUACAAACUGAUUAAUUAAAAUAGUUUAAUGUAACAA